AUGUCGUACUACUUCGCUAUCGUCGGUACGAGAGAUAAUCCGCUCUUCGAGCAUGAAUUCGGCACUUCGAGGGGCGGCGGCGACGGUAUCGCGCGCUUCAGAGAUGAUGCGCGGCACAUGAACCAGUUCAUAGUGCACAGCAGCCUGGACAUCGUCGAGGAGGUGCAGUGGGGUACCGGCCAAAUGUACCUCAAGCACAUCGACCGCUUCCACAACAACUACAUAUCGUGCUUCCUGACCGCCGGAAACAUCAAGUUCCUCCUUCUGACCUCUCCGAACCCGGACAACCCACGCUCAUCCGCCGCUUCCAUGUCCUCGGUGCGCAGCUCUGCGUAUCCCUCGUCGAGCGCGUACAAUCCCACUGCGCCUGCUGCCGAAGAGGCUAUCAAGAACUUCUUCAUGGAGGUGUACGACAGCUGGGUCAAGACCAUCAUGAACCCUUUCUACUCGCUCAACCAGCCGGUGAAGAGCCCGGUGUUCAGAGCGCGGGUCGCUGCCGCCGCAAAGAAAUACCUCUGA